AUGCCGUCGGAGAGCGGAGCUGAGUGCCCGGACCAGGCGGCCGCGCAGGUGGGGGCGGCUGCAGCCUCGGCGGUGGCCGCGGUGGCCACGGCUGCCGCGGCAGGCGGCGGCCCCGACCCGGGGACCUCCUUGGCCUCGCUGGGACGGCACCUGAGCGGGCUGAGCUGGCCGCAGGUGAAGCGGCUGGACGCGCUGCUGAGCGAGCCCAUUCCCAUUCACGGGCGCGGCAACUUCCCCACGCUGAGCGUGCAGCCCCGGCAGAUCGUGCAGGUGGUCCGAAACAGCUUGGAAGAACAGGGACUACAGGUGCACAGCGUGCGACUGCACGGCUCAGCUGCCAGCCACGUGCUGCAUCCUGAGAGUGGCCUGGGCUACAAGGACCUGGACCUGGUGUUCCGGGUAGACCUGCACAGCGAGGCUUCCUUCCAGCUGACCAAGGCGGUGGUGCUGGCCUGCCUGCUGGACUUCCUGCCAGCCGGGGUGAGCAGGGCCAAGAUCACGCCACUGACACUCAAGGAGGCAUACGUGCAGAAGUUGGUGAAAGUGUGCACGGACACCGACCGCUGGAGCCUCAUCUCACUGUCUAACAAGAGUGGCAAGAACGUGGAGCUCAAGUUUGUGGACUCCGUGAGGCGCCAGUUCGAGUUCAGCAUAGACUCCUUCCAGAUCAUCCUUGACUCCCUGCUGCUCUUUGGCCAGUGCUCAUCCACACCCAUGUCUGAGGCCUUCCACCCCACCGUGAUGGGGGAGAGCCUGUAUGGGGACUUCGCCGAGGCCCUAGAACACCUGCAGCAUCGGGUCAUCGCCACGCGCAGCCCUGAGGAGAUCCGAGGUGGGGGCCUGCUCAAAUACUGCCACCUCCUCGUGCGGGGCUUCCGGCCACGGCCCAGCACUGACACGCGAGCCUUGCAGCGGUACAUGUGCUCCCGCUUCUUCAUCGACUUUCCCGACCUGGUGGAACAGCAGCGCACGCUGGAGCGCUAUCUAGAGGCCCACUUCGGCGGGGCUGAUGCCGCCCGCCGGUAUGCCUGUCUGGUGACACUGCACCAAGUGGUCAACGAGAGCACCGUGUGCCUCAUGAGCCAUGAGCGCCGCCAGACGCUGGACCUCAUUGCCACACUGGCACUCCAGGCGCUGGCUGAGCAGGGCCCUGCUGCCGCGGCUGCCCUGGCCUGGCGCCCCCCGGGCCCUGAUGGGGCUGUACCGACCACUGUCAAUUACUAUGUGACCCCCGUGCAGCCUCUGCUGGCUGGGGCCCACUCCUCCUAUCCCACCUGGCUGCCUUGCAACUGA